AUGCCACCAGAUCGGGGCCGAGCCUCCCGUGCGUGCACCUCUUGUCGCAAACAAAAGACAAGAUGCUAUGAGCCCGGAAUCCCAGGACGAGCAUGUCUCCGCUGUGAUCGACUAAGACAAAGCUGUUCACUCAUGCGUCUCGAUGUUUCAGACGAAGAAACCAUUGCCCCCGCACAAUCGGGCACGGAUGCACGAUUGGAACGCUUGGAAAAAAGCGUAGCUACUCUUCUCGAUCGACUUGGGGAAGGGCCCAGGACUGCUCGAGAAUCGAGUAGAGCUGACACUGAACAGUCGAGCCCAGCCUCGUAUAAGGACACGGAAACCUCCGCUCCAAUGAUGGUCAUCCGCGAUCUGGCAACGGAUAACGGCAUUAAACCAGCAUCCGAUGCUCGAUCGUUGCCGCUGGUUCUGGAUAAUCUUAUUUCCCCGGAACUUGGUCUUGAGUUAAUCACAAUUUUUCUGGAAUAUUACGGAAGAUGGGUCCUUUUCGACCCGGAGUGCGAGCCCAUUGAACUUCUCCGCCAAGUGAGGAAAUCCACUCUGCUAUUUUGUGCCUGCUGUCUGAUCGCCGUGCGGCACACUUCCGAAGAACUGGCUGCGAGUCUCGCCCCCCAGCUGUGCGAGUAUGCACGCUCCCUGGUAUCGACCACGCUUCUGGUUGCCCCGCAGUCAAUUGAUUUCUUUCAAGCUACCUUGAUAUUAUCAAUGUGGUCCACGACCGUGGGACAGGUGCCCUUGAGCAUUGAUAGUUGGCUUUUGAGCGGGUUCGCAUUGCAGCAUGCACAGUCCAGUCCGCUGUUUACGACUGUUACGACGCAGUCAGCCCCUCCAAAUCGAAUCGACGUCGAAACUUUGGAUCAUUGUUACCUGUGGAACCAUCUUUGUCUUGCGCAUAUGCAUUACUGUGUUGGCACUAGUCGAAGAUCCAUGCUGCAGCCGUGGCAAAUUGAAAGAUGUCGUGCAAUAGUUGCUUCGGACCACGCAAUCAAUUUUGAAGUGCGCAUGGUCGCGGAGAUUCAUUUGUACUGGACUGUUUAUGAACAUCUAGUACAUGAAUCGGUUGAUCUACUCAAAUCAGUGGCUGCUUUGCAGAGUUGGCGGAGGAAAUGGGAGUUUGUUCUAGAGCAACCAAGAUCGCAAUUCCUCUCGAUGGGGUUCCAUUUCUCUCAUCUUCUUCUUUACGAGCAUUCUCUUAAACUGAAAUCUGCUCGAUCCCGCGAGUCCGUGGUCUCUGAAAUGAUCCGUCAUUCAACCGCGAUUGUGCAUCUAGCCAUGGAAACGGUUGAUGAACGCACAAGACAUCUUACCGAUCACAUCUAUCAUAUGAUCACGUUUGCCGCCAUUGUCAUCUGCCGCCUGCUGAACGGCUACCACGAGCAAGUAGCCUCGACUCACGAUGUCGAGCAAUUAGAUUCCCUGAUUAAUGACCUCGUGCAAUGGCUCUAUUGUAUUGGUCUGCCUUGUCAUGCGGCACAUACUCUUGGAAACAUCAUUGCCAAAGUACACCAAAAAUUGCGACCUCGUGUGGAGGCGACGCCACCUGUUGUGCAAACCGAUGAAUCACUCGGUGAAUUCAACAAUUACUACUUCCCGGAAUUCCUUGGUCUGGGGAUGUCCGCUGAUGGAAAUUGGGAUCUUCUCUCAAACAUGGGGCUCUUUCCCCCAAGUCCCUCCAUUCCUAGGCCUGAUUGA